AUGGCUCAAUCUAUCCUCCUAGUCAAUUUUUUCCUUUUCAUAUUUGCAGUAUUCCUCCUCUAUAACUGCAGCAAUAUCUUCAGAUAUUACUUCAGGGUUUGUUAUCUCAAUAUAUAUUGUUUUUUAGUGACUUUUUGUGUGUGUCCUCUCUUAGUCCUCAGGGGAAGAAAUGUGACAAAUCUGAGAAUCAUUCGCUUCUUCAUGCUUCCUCUGAAAUACAUUCUUGGCAUCAAGAUGAACCUCCAGGGUGCUAACCACCUGAAUCUGAAAGGGCCAUAUGUCGUAGUUGCGAAUCAUCAGAGCAAUAUAGACCUCCUUGUGCUUUUUCAGAUCCUUCCAGAGCGAUGCAUCUUAAUUGUUAAGAAAACGGUCUUAUCCUUUUUUACGAUUGGCAUUUGUGCUUGGCUGAGCCACUGCAUUUUUGUUGACCGCCAGAAGACAGGAACAUCGAUUGAGAUCCCGUCAGCAGCAGCAGACUCCAUGGUCCAAGACAAUCUGCGAAUCUGGAUAUUCACUGAAGACACUAGAAGCUACGAUUCCCCCAUGCUGCCCUUCAAAUGUGGAGCCUUCCAUUUGGCUGUGAAAGCCCAGGUGCCAGUCAUUCCUGUGGUGAUAUCCUCCUACCAGCCAUUCUUCAGCGAGAAGUUGAAAAGAUUCAGAACAGGGGAAGUGACAAUUCGAAUCCUCCCUCCAGUGAAGACGGAGGGACUAAGUCCAGCUGAUGUCCCAGAAUUAACAGACCACAUGCGGGAGACCAUGCUUUCUACCUUCCAUGAGAUAUCAGGAAGCAAGCAAACAAACCCGUCAAGAUACCAGUUCCCAAGGAUCUUAGAAUAUAAUCUUCCCUGUAUUUUAUUCACUUGCUUGCUUAUACUGGGGUUUUAUACAACUACUGAAGUGGCUUAGCAUGCUGGAUUAGGAAAUUUUUUUAUACUGUAACAGGAAUAGGGGGCCAAUGCUUGAGGGCUAAAUGCAUUUUUUUCCAAAGACAUUUUACUGUACUUCCUUUAGCUCAUCAGCAAAUGGUGCCCAUCACCUACCCAGCUGAACAGACACAAUACCUUAUCCAGGCACAUAGCAGUCAAGAUCCUUUGGCACCUGAGGCAGAAAAUUCCACAAACGCAUCAACUGA